UAUAUAAUCUGGAGACAUGCAAUGACCAUGACCAUGUAUUGUCUCAGUUUUGCAUCUUCUAUAUGAAUCUUUGUGGCUUACUAACCAUUAGUAACACAUUAUUAACAAUGGUGUUGUUGUUUAAGUAACACUAAACUGCACUGAACACUGCACUGGGUUUGUUGGGUGCCGUAGGUGAGAACGGGGCGAAAUAAUUUCAGUUGCUUUUUUUUGCUGUUGCUUGCAGUUUUACUUUUAAGGAGUAGACUAGUCUAUAAGUCAGGAUCCAAGUGUACAUACAUGCAAAACAUUGACCAGUGUAAGGCGUAGUUCUUCUCAUCAUACAAUACAAAAUAGUAUAAUUUCCCCCUCCUUGCAUGAACAUGUUGAGUGACAUUUUAUAUGUGUGGUUAGCACUUUUUUCCCCAAAAUAAUUUAGUUUUAGUUGGAUUCCCAGGUCCCGUUGGGGCUUUUUCAUGAUUCUUGUCUCUGGGUAAGUUUCAAACAAACUUGUGCUGAAGUAUGCAUGCGCCUAUUGACACUGUUUACUUAAUUCUUUUUCCUCUCUCUCUUUGGGAGAGUUGCUGUUAUUCUGUGUUAUCACAUGAUAAACAAAGUAUUCCCAUUCUCCAACCAUUCACCUGCCUCUGCAUUUUUGUCCACAUGAUCCCCCAGGAUUUGACCCCAAAGAGGCUGUGUCUUGUCAACAGAAGACUCACAGCUCUGCAGCAGACCCCUGCUCCUGACAGAUCGCUCCAGUGGCAUUGAUGGAUUGUCCACAUGAACACAUUUCAGGAACAUUACAAUAAAGAAUAACAGUUACCGUUUUAAAUAACAUGCUAAGUGACAGCAGGGUUUCCAUUACUUCAUGUGACUGAAUCAUUUACCAAUCAAACAAAAUGUUAAGCAGUGUCCAUAUCUGUCCCCACAGUGAAGAUGACAUUUAACUGGCCAGGAGUCCUUUCCAUUGGAGUGUUUUACAUUGCUGUUCUUGGCAUUGGAAUCUGGGCCUCCAAAAAGUCUAGAAAAGAAGAGAGAAAAUGCAAAGGGAGACUAAGUGAAAUUGCUCUGGUUGGAGGAAGAAACCUAAACAUCCUAGUCAGCAUCUUCACCAUGACAGGUACUUGGGUUGGAGGAGCCUACAUUUUGGGCACUGCUCAGAUGGUUUAUGACAGUAAAAAAGGACUGUUGUGGGCGCUUGGACUUAUUGCCUAUCCACUAAAUCUAAUUGCAGGUGGAUUGUUCUUUGUAACUCCAAUUAGAUCAAAGAACUAUGUGACUCUGAUGGAUCCAUUUCAGGAGAAAUAUGGAAACACCAUAGCCGCUGUGCUGUUUAUACCUGUUAUAUUAUCAGAUCUAUUUUGGAUUGCGGGUAUUCUGGCUGGUUUGGGCGGGACAUUGAGUGUGGCGACUGGGAUCCCCUCCUGGGUGGCUGUGGGGGUGUCUGCUGCUGUAGCCAUAAUCUACACUAUGAUGGGGGGCCUGUAUUCAGUGGCCUACACUGACGUCAUACAGUUUAUCCUCAUGUUUGUUGGACUGUGGAUGUGUGUCCCCUUCAUCAUGAUGAGCCCCUACGCUGCCAACGUCACAGUUUCUGCUGUGAACGAAAUGUACCAGAGUCCCUGGCUUGGCAAAAUUAGCCAGGAGGAUAUAGGCCUCUGGGUAGAUGAGCUGCUUCUACUGAGCAUAGGAGGGAUUUGUUACCAGGCUUUCUACCAGAGAGUUCUCUCCGCUGCCUCUGAUGCUCAGGCUAAACUCACUUGUUUUGUGGGAGCAGUGUUGUGCCCAAUUCUGGGAAUCCCAUCUGUCCUGGUUGGAGCUGUGGCUGCAUCCACAGACUGGAACCACACUUCUUUUGGGGGACCCAGUCCUUAUGAACAGGGCUUGGCUGGCCUCAUCUUACCCAUAGCUCUACAGCAUCUGUGUCCUUUCUUUGUCUCUCUGGUUGGUAUGGGCGCACUAGCUGCUGCAGUCAUGUCCUCAGUGGAUUCUGUUCUUCUGUCAGCUGCCUCCCAAAUCGCCAGAAAUAUUUACAAGAACAUAGUUUAUAAAAAGGCCUCAGAGAGAAGCAUAGUGGUGGUGAUCAGAGUGUCUAUUGUUCUGUGUGGCCUGGUGGGGGCGUUACUAGGCACAACAACCACUUCUGUGUUUCUGUUUUGGAUGGUCAGUUCAGAUAUCCUAUACUCAGUAAUGACGCCCCAGGUCAUUUGCACUCUCCUCCUGCCCCGCUGGGUGAAUCACUACGGGGCCUGCUCUGGUUUUGUGUUGGGACUCCUCCUGCGAGGUCUGGUUGGGGAGCCUCUGCUGGGUCUGCCCUCUGUGCUCCCUCUGCCCUGGGACAAGAUACUGGAGGAUGGGGAAAGACAGCAUGUGGUUCCUUUCCGCACCGUUUUAGUGAUUAUUAAUUUUGCUAUUAUUUUACUCGUAUCACAAAUAAUGUUGAAGGUAAAAGGAGGUGUAUCAAGACAAGAACGCACCCAAUCGCUUGAAAUUCAAAGUUUAAACACAUGAUCGGGUUAGUGUUCACUAAUCAAGUGCUGCAAACUCACUGCUUAUUUGUAAUAGUGUAAAAAUGCUAAAGUGUAUCCUGUGCUUACAUUUAAUUUUGUUUUUGUAUAAAUAAAAAAUA